AUGACAGCCUCAACAAGCCCCUUCUAUCUAGCCAUCCGCACAAUGUGGCCCCCGACCCUCCUCGCCGCAAUCUUCACCCUCUUCAUCACCCCCCUCGAAAAGGUCUUCUACCGUGCAGACCUCUCCAUCGCAUACCACAUCUUCGCCGCAGCCUCAAUCUACCUCACCCUCAUUCUCAACGCCGUCAUCAUAGGUAUCUUUAACCGCUGGCUCGUCGAGGGCUACCUCCACAGCCUCUUCUUCCUCCCCAAUCUCUUCGGCCCUAUCAUCGUAUGCUGGGUACUUUUCGCUGACAAUAGAUACCUUGACAACCUCGCCCAUCUCUACGGCUUCGUGGUGGGCAUGCUGCAUGCGCCGCUGCUGCUGAGCCUGGCUGUUCAUCUCGUCGUCCACUUUGUCUUCCUCAUCCUUCGGUGGGUUGUCGCAAAGACGUCGUGGCUCGUAUGGACGGUCUCGGAUUACAUGCCCCAACACCCCUGUGAAUCAACCCAGAAAUUCCUCCUUGCUCUACACGUUUGGCUCGAAGAGCUCCCCGAUGAGACUGCGGCUGCGAUCGACCGCAAAUUGUUCCGCACUGAGUGGUUCUUCCUUCAGCUGGUCGCCGGCUUCGCUUGUACUAGUUUGGUCUGUAUGCUCUACACCAUGAUCGUUGACACGUUCCGUUCGUGCUUGCAGCGCCUUGUCGUCCAUAUCACUGCGGAGGUGCUGUUGCAUAUCGGAGACUUCAUUUUCGAAGUGGGUCGUUGGAUUGAGGGCCUCGUGGUGAGGCAUACUAUUUGGGAGGAUAUGAACUUGUGA